UUGCAUGCAAGCCGCAAGGAGUCUUCUAGAGAAUUGUUACAGGUGACGUGUCCUUUUGCAAAUAGCUUGGGUAUAACGUUUAAUACUCGUCUAGAGGAUCGUUAUAAUAUAGGAUCGUGGGAGGAAACAAGAGUUUGAAGAACGAAGACACCGGGGGGGUGUAUAUAGUGAUCCAUGUGCGGCCACCUAAAGGUUAGGUUGAGCCAAAGUGCUACUGGUGUUGUUGUCGGUGAACUCAGCGUCUUCCCCUGGAACAGAUAGCUCCAGAUGAGGUCGUCGAGCUGAGUGUUUACUUUACGGCAGUGCGCCUUAUUCACAUAACACCUCUUUUAUAUCACUCGCCCCUUCCCUACUGCCCUCUCAGACGUCUCUGCUGCUCUUCCUCUCGUUCAGAGCGUCUCGAGAGUCUCUUCCGACGAUUUUCUGUGUGUCGGAUCAUCAGUUGAGCAACAUGUAUGAUAAUAUAUUUGAAGACUUUAAUGUUGUAAAGCAGCAUUGCGAGAGAAAUGGCUGUUCUGCUUUCGAGGAGUCAAUAGUAUUUGAGCUGUUGGAAAAGUACUACCCAAAAUAUGGAUCAAGGCAGUCCAUUCAAAAAAUCUUAGACAUGUUGGAUGCUCAACGAAUAAGAGAAGACAUUGGAAAUUUUAUAUUAGAUGACUUACCACAACACAUGAGUGUAACAGUUAAGGAUGAAAACGUUUAUGAGUCCAGCAUUGAUGCUGAUGAUGAUGAGUCGAAUGAAAGUAUUAUCGAGUUAGAGGUGCCCAAAAAGGUGUUUCCAUUUAUUGAUUUAACAAAGAGUAAUUCGUUUGGAUCUGAUCUCAAUGUCGAAGAAAACAUAAUUGACAGUGAGAAACACAGCAAAAACUCCGUGAAUAACAGUAAUAACAGCGACGAUGAAAAUUUCAGUGACAUCUAUGGUCAUGACUCGAGUGAUCCUGACAUCGAGAGACAUGUCAAUAAUGACUAUGUGACCCAAGAAACUAAAUCUCAUGAUCCUCCAUUGCUGGAUUUAUUGGCUGACUUGGAGGAUAAAUCAAAUACUGAUAUCGUUGAUCGAGCUCCCAGUACUAUAGAGAUUUCCGAAAUCAUGGAAGAAGAAAACAACAACGAUCCUAACAAUAAUCUGGAAGGAGCAAUUUUCGAAGAGCUUAUGAACGUUGAUCGUAACAAUGCACAUGUUCAAAUUGCUGAUGCUCUUGGAAACUCUGAUUCUAAUAACUCAGGGGUAGAAGAAAUAAUUGACUCAAUGCCAGGUUGCAGCAAAGAUUCAGAUCUAGACGUGAUCAAGAGGGUUUAUAACGUCAAAAAUCUUCCGAGUGAUCAUUCGCGUAAGAGUCCAGUUGCAGGAUGUAGCAGGGACUUUAAGGAGACAAUAAUUACGAGCGACGAUAGCGAUGUAGAAGAUUUAACCUUUGAUAACGACUUAAUACUCAAUGAUCUAAUAUGUAUUCAAGAAAUAAUACCCUGGGCAGAAAUCGAAGUGAUAAUUAAGUUGUUGAAGAAAAAUUAUAAUCAAAAAAAUCGAAAAGAGUUGGCUCUUUGGCAAUUGAUGCAGGAACAGAAGAAAGAUCAAGCGAGUAAGCGAAAACUCGAUGAGAGCCCCUUAUCCGCGUCAUCGCCUCCAAAAAAGGCAAAAAAUCGUGAUUGUGUUGAUACCGUUAUGAUCCCAAGUAACGAAUCUUCCAAGGAUCUUGAGUCUUCCAAUCAACCAGAGUCUGAUGUCGCGACCGCUAACGUCAGUCAAAAUAAUCAAGGUCAAACAACGAAGGAUUGUCAAAAAAACGAUGGGUCUGCCAAUGGGACUACUACGGAAACCGCGAAUACCCAAGUGAUCAUGUUGCAACCAAUCAAAGCGCUUACGGCAUUUGUCUCAAAAGAUCCCAUAUCCUUGACUCCAUCAUUAACCACAAGUUCCAUUGUAAAGACCAAUGCUGAGGUAGUACCCGCGAUCCCAGAAAGGAGACUCUCUAUCCCUUCUAGUACGUUAAAUAGCAAUAAAUAUUUUCCUAAUUUACACAACGAAAUCGAGGAAUUUGCCAAAUAUUUUACCAUGGGUAAAACAGAAACGGACUCUAUGUUAGAUUCGACUAGAGUUAUCCCCAAUCCUGUUUUCAAAGGCAGUGACGCGCUUCUUCAUCCACUGGCAGGAAGAUCCGGCGCGAAAGCAGAGAAAAGCAGUACCAUCGUGAGGCCGUCAAGACUGUCUCCAAUUAAAAACCCCAUUUCUGCGGGACCGAGACCUAUUCCAGCUCACACUACUGUCUUCCCGGCAAAACUCAACUUCACAGAUCUCGCAACCAAGAUGAAGAACGGAGAAAACAAUCACGGCCCACCGCAACCCACCGCAAGGCUUCUCACACCAAGCUUCGUGAGAAUAUUGAACAAGGACCCCGUGGGAGUGCUGCGUACGAAUCCCCUGUGGUCGAAAGGGGAUGUGUCGUUCCUAAAAGCGUAUCAAGACCACGGCAAUCUAAUAGAAGAGCAGAAGCUAAUCGUUAGACCGCCUGUUUUGAAUAAAAUCGGCUCUCCCGCUUACAAGGCGCUGCCACAUUACAAUGCCGUUCGAUUACUCAACAAUGUUAUCAAAACGGCUGCUGCGCGGCAGGUGACUGUUCGUGCUCCUGCGACAGUUCAACAAGUAGUUGCGGCACCGAAGCCGUUGUACGACCCGUUGGCCCAACCGGGACCAUCGUCUGGAAUAUCUGUGCCGGUCCUUCAGAUACCAGGGCCAUCAACACUCGUUGCGUCUUCGAAGGCCGAGGCUAAAAAAAAUGAGGUCCCACACGCGGUGUACGUGAAACUGCGUUCCAUGUUUCCCGAAGUGAAAAAGAGCUACAUUAAACACAUCUGCGUGCAUCCGCCUGUACAAUUCAGUGCGAACUCGGAUCAGCAAAUUAUAUUGAACGUCCUGAUAGAUCAUCUCCUCCAAGAGGGGUCCAACAAUCUUGAAGUGGACCAGAUGCAACCGUACGAAAUAGAUGAGCCAGUCUCAGCGCUGACAGUCGAUGAGAAGUACGAGUAUUUGGUGGGAAUAUUCCCCAACGCUGAUCCAUCCUAUUUGCGGAAAUUUGUCGAGGAGACGACGAACGACCAAGCGAUCGAGGAUUUUAUCCAGCAAAAGAUUGAAUCCCAUGAUUAUCCCACCAAGGAGGAUUACCUUAAAAAAAUUAAAAUCACCGAGCAAAUCAAACAGUACACAACUAACUUCGACUUGAAAAAUUUUUUAGAGAUACUUCCAGAUCCGUUCAAAUACUUUGAAGACUCUACCAGGCAGUCAAAUCACAACAUCGUAGCAAUGGAGUUUCUAAAGUCGCACUUUAACAGAUAUAAAGUUUGCACACUCACGAGAGCAUACAGAAUGCACAACUACAAUCUAUCGUUAACAGCAAAGACUUUAUCAAAUAUGCAUCCGGAUAUGAAAUCCAAGCGAAAUGCGUACGAAAUGCCAACAGAAAACAUCCCGUUGCUCCAAGAGAUGGCCUUCAUAAAAAAUAAACAGAAGAUCAUCGAUCACAUUCAGACGAUGAAAAUGAAAGAGGAACAGUUAUUCAAGGAGCUAAAGGAUAAAGGUCUACUGUUGACAUGUCUAUGUUGCUACAACGAUGAAUGCAUGCCCACAAAGUCAUCAGAAUGCAACACAGGCCACGUGUUUUGCUUCGAGUGCAUAAUCCGAGGCACAGAGGCUGCAUUGGCAGACGGCAAUUCGCACGUGCGCUGCUUCACCGAUUGCCAGAGUGACAUUUCUUUGGCCACGCUGCAAAAGGUCCUGCCACCGACGCAGUUCAGCGCACUGCUGAAGAAACGUCAAGCAGCUGAAGUCGCGGCUGCUGAGGUCGAUGGACUUGUUUCGUGUCCGUUCUGUUAUUUCGCGUCCAUACCCCCGCCCGAGGACAAGGUGUUUAAAUGUUUGAAUCCAGAGUGCAUGAAAGAGACUUGCCGUUUGUGCAAGGAAUUGAAUCACAUUCCCUUACGUUGCGAUGAAGUGAUCAAAACAGACAAAGCGCGUCUUAUGAUUGAGGAAAAAAUGACGGAAGCUUUGUUGCGCACGUGUUAUCAGUGCAAAAAGCAGUUUUACAAGGAAGAAGGCUGUAAUAAAAUGCGGUGUCCUUGCGGUGCCUUAAUGUGUUACGUUUGUGAUCGACCUGUACAGGGUUACAAUCAUUUCAACGCUCAAGGAGGAGCAAACUCAAAUCUUUGUCCGCUGUGGAGCGAUGAUCGUCGCCUGAAUGCCGAAGCCGUCAGGAAAGUUGCAGAGGAGGUAAAAAAUAGUAUACUGAAACAAAAUCCUAAUCUGAAAAUCGAUACAGAGAAACUAUUGCCCAAAGUGCCACCAAAAUCUAGAGGUCCUCAUGAUGAUAUACCUAACGCAAAUCAAUUACACGAACACGUUAGGAGAGUUGCCAAUGCGCCCUGAGUUUUCACGAGCCAAAGAAUAACAAUAAAAAGCGAUAAAUCAGUUAUUAUAAAUUGUUCAAGUAUUCUUAAGUUAAAACUCGAAAGAAUCAACUCGCGUUUGUUCAUGUCAUUUACUUGUGGAUUUGUCUAAUUUUACUUACGGACGCCUACUUUUUACGUCUACUUUUAGUUCACGCACGUCAUUCAUUUCCAUUGAAAUUUCUUUUAUCGCCUUUUAAGAAAACGUUCCAAAAAAAAAAAAAAAAAAGGUAAAUUUGACUUAUAAACUUAGUAAAGCUAGAACCGUUAUUAAAUAUUUUAUGAGCCAUUGCUUCUAAAAAAAAAAAAAAAAAA